CUCAGUGGCUGGGAUUCACUGCACACAGGCUCCUCUUUGGGGCCCGGGAGGCUUUCUCUGGCUGGGAUGAAGAACUUGAACAGAAACUCAUUGCCGGCUUCCUCCCCGUGCAAGCACAAAAUCCCUGUAUUGCCCUCCACUGAGAGCCAGGUUGGAGAUGGAUGCUGAGAACAGGAAAGGUGUAUGAGGAGGAUUCGUUUGGCUUCGUCUUUGCUGCUCAUCAUUGUGGACACCUGGUGCCCAGUCCCAAGCAGCCAUGGCGACGGCGGCUCUUCCCAAUGCCCUGGAGGUCGAUGAGAAGUCCCCAGAGUCCAAGGACCUUCUACCCAGCCAGACGGCCAGCUCCCUGUGCAUCAGCUCCAGAAGCGAGUCCGUCUGGACCGCCGCUCCCAGGAGUAACUGGGAGAUCUACCGCAAGCCCAUCAUCGUCAUGUCUGUGGGUGGCGCCAUUCUCCUCUUCGGUGUGGUCAUCACCUGCUUCACCUACAUCCAGAGCCUGGAUGACAAGCUCCUGAAGGUCCUGAAGAUGACAGGGCCUGCCUUCUUGUCCCUGGGACUCAUGACACUCGUGUGUGGGCUGGUGUGGGUGCCCAUCAUCAAAAAGAAACAGAAGCAGAGACAGAAGUCAAUUUUCUUCCAGAGUCUCAAGUCCUUCUUCCUGAAUCGCUGAUGGCAGCCUCAUCCUCUGUUCUCCCCAUUACCCUGCCACCUCGACCAGAAAGAGAUGUGAUGACCGUCUCCUUGGUGGUGGGGUUGGCCAUCAAAGUGAUCCAGGCAAACCCUCUUCCUGGCCCUGUGGGAGAGAGAGAGCUCAGGGCCCCACCCCAGGAGUUGGGGGAACGUUGUAUCUCAUGUAGUCUCCUGUUAUUACUGACGCUUCCCUCGGAUUCUGGCUGCAGCCAUCCCCUUUCGUGGCCCUUAUUCCCUGCUCCCAUGGCUAGGUGCCACUCAUCUGACUCUCUGCAAGAGCUAUGCACACUGUGAAAUUCCUGGGGGUGGGCUGUGCCCCCAGAAGAACCUCAUGUUCAAAUGUCUGGAAUCCACAUUUUCAUCCUUCUGGAAUCCAAACUGUCCAGCAGGAGUCCUUUGCAGAAGAGAGGGGAGGCUGAGCUCUGACCCAUUGGGUUUGCCAGCCCCAGCACCCUUCGUGGGCCCUAUACUGGAUUGCAUUUCAAGAGACCAGUUGAGUCACAGCAUCAAACAUUCCAAAGAGUGAACAGUGAAGGGCAGCCAGCCAGGGAGACAUACUUCCCAAGCAGGCACAUUCCUCCCAGAAAUGUCCCUCAGCCAGCUGAGGAAGUUUAACUCCCAAAUAUAUUGUAUUUACACCAGAGCCAGUGGGGCUGAGGGAUGUCACAGUUUACCCUUGACCUUCUAACUCCUCUCCUCGACUAUUCUCACCUCUGAGCUUUCCCCCUACCCCUGCCUCCACACCCAAUUCUGAAACAGCAUGAUGGAAACCUGCAGAGGAUUCUGUCAGCUUGUUCUCUCCUUCACCUCUGUCAGGAAUCAAAAUCAAGUAAAUCACAUUCCACAUUUGAAUGGUCUGUAGGUUUCAAAAGAUAUAAUUUGCUUUAGAAAUUCCAACUUCUGCUCUCCCUGCCCCCACCCACUGUACAAGCAAAUGUGUAUUGAGUGCCCUGCUCUGGGCCAGGCUCUGGGUUGGGAGCACAACAGACAAGGUCCCUGCUCUCUAUUUCUUUCCAAAGUGAGAGAGACAGCCAGGCCAACAGGCAUUUGAUACCCUGUGCUGAGUACUUGAUGGGGGAAAUGGGGAAGCGGUGUGGGAACAUGGAGGGCGCAGCCCACCCAGAUUUGGGAGAGGACAGAGAUUACUGGAGCCUGUGUCAUCCAAACCAAGAACAGAAGGAAAGAUAAGAGCUAGCGCAGAGGUGAAAGGAAAAGCAUUCUGGGCAGGGGGAACAGCUUCUGCAAAGGCUUGUGGGGGGAGAGGGGGGCACAUAGUAAAAUCAGGGAGGCAACUGCACAGCCACCUCCCUUGCCUCCCGAAUGUUCUGUUCCAGCCCCUCUCUUGGCCUGCUUCCCACCUGCUUCCCCAAGUGCCUCAGUGCAGCUUCUCCAGGGGGGUACACCGAGGGCCUCCUAGGGUCUCAGGCAGAGAUUGGAAGGGAGUUUCCAGAGAGCCCACUGAGCAAAGACCACCCAGGAGGUAAGUACUCUCCAAACCUGGGGCUCCAUGUAGCAACUAGAGGCCCUUAGGUGACAGAGGAGGGAUCCCUGUGAGAAAGCUGGCCAGCUGCCCUAGGCCAGGCCAGAGGAAAGCAUCUGAUGACAAGAUGUGCAGGGAGGGCAUCCUGCACUAGAAUCACCAUUGGCUUGAGCUGAUGCCCAGCACUCCUCAGCCCCCUGGACCACCCCCCCGGUUACCGUGGCAACCUGUCUACCAGGCAUCCAGCUAUCCCCAUCCUUCAUGGUUGGCUCCAUAUGCAGAGUCACAACCUCCCCUUGUUCCCUCUGUGUCAUGGGGCGUUCCAUGGAAGCAGGUACUGUGACAUGAGAACACAUGCCUCACCCACCUAUGGAGCCUAAAUUCUGAGAGCCUGUGGCCUUUGAGCUUCCCCCUGAAUGGCAUAUCUCUCACUGAGACAGUGUUGUGGGCCCUUAGCCCACCUGUCCCCUGCACACAGGUGGUCAGGACCAAUGUGGGAAGUGUUGCAAGUGCCAUGUCACUAAUUGUAGCUCUAGUGCCUCAAGUGGCAGGGAUUGCAGAUCAUGUCCCUUUGCUGACAUGAAUGCAGGUACAAUAUGGGCCCUAUAAAUCACUCACAUUCCUCAAUGCUUUCUUACAUGGAGCAAAUGGGAUGGACUCCCAGCUACUUCGCUGGGAAUCCACAUGUCCUCUGUCUCAUUUCAUCUGCCCAAAGCCUGCAGUCCAUGGGCCCAGCUAGGAGAAGGGCCCUGUGGCUACUACUACCUUGUAUGUCUUGGUGGAAUGAAGUCUAGGGACUUCAUCAUGACUCCAGUGUCCAGGGUCCGUGCUUGCCUCACAGUCUCCUGCAGUACUUGCCCACAAGCCCUCUGCCCCAGAUAGUUUCUCAGCAAGAAAAAUGAGGAAGGGGCUGUGAGGAAAGAUCCCCAAGCAUCAUUUAUCUCCACUGGGAUGUCCCAUAGGAGUGUGGACCCAGGAAUAUGUCAGCAGAUGCUGAGGAGAUUUGCCCAAAGGCCAACGCUGCAUGGAAGUCUGAGGUGUGAAUACACCUAGUCUGAGAAUGCAGCCCAGGUAAGCACCACAUUUCUGGGAAAAAGCAUCACUGCCCUGACUCCUUUCAUGCCCGUGGAUCGGAGGACAGGACCAGCAUUCCCGUGUCUGGCUAACUGGAUCACAUUACCCCGCCCAUAGCUAUUUUCUUUGGGAGAGUUCAAUUUCAUCUGUGUCCUAAAGGAGUAGAUGUAAUGUUGAAUUGUAUUCUAUUUAACAGUGUCUGCUGUGUCUUCAUUCUGUUCCACCAGGGACUCCAAGGCUGUGUGCACUGAUUCUUCCCUCUGAAAUGCACUCCCACCACAUCACCACAUGCCCGUGCUGUCUGAGAGAAAGGGGACAGUGGGGGUUUCAUGCAUAUUUCCUCUGGUGCCUCAUAGGAGCUGAUGGCCCUCCGUUCAGAUGCUGAUGGGGCAGACAGAGCAGAAGCUCCUGUCUCCAUCCUCACAGGUCCAUAUUGAGACCAAAAAAGAGAUAUGGAAAAAGAACUUUCUGGAAUGAUCAGUGUGCCAGGGUCGGUGAGCCGGUUAAUGUCCCCAGGAACUCAGGCAAGCAAGCGCAGGAAGUUAGCAGCUUAGCUCCUUCUGCCUUCUGAACCCCUCUUCCUUUCUCCUGGUCCAGCCUCUUCUCUUCUGCUUCUCUUAGGUCUUAGAUCCUGACCCUGUUCUCCUUGACUCCCCACUCGCCAGGUCCUUGACUUUCUGCUUGCUCCGUCCUUAAAGGAAAACAAAAGAGGAUGGUUCUGGGCCUGGACAAGCAGGCAGUAUUUUGUUUCUCCUUCAAUUCCUGCAGCAUUGCCCAGUCCUGAUGCCCAUCCCGUCCUGUCCCACGCCCAUCCCUCUGUCACUGUCUCCAGCCCUUGGAGGCCAGAGGGCUCUGGAACACUAAAACCCGGAGCCCCAGCCAUGCCCAACAGUGAAUGUGGGAAAGGGAGCCAUCUGAGUGGGAACCUGGUGAAGCUUCUGGGCAACACCAGCAGGGAGCUCUGGGCUUUGCAUGGUGAGGGAGGCCCGUGAGAAGCAGGCAGGAGGAGAGAGGACCAGGGCGGCCGGCGAGCACAUUCUGGAGUGGUGUCCGGAGAGCAGAGGAAGGGUGCAGGCUGAAAUAACGAAAACUUCUUGGGUGCUCCCUGCUGGCUGGGCACUGAUCUAAGCCCCUUAUGCAUUAACUCACUUCAUCCUUUUCCAAGCCCUAUUCUGAGGUACUACUGUUGUCACCAUCCUCAUUCUACACUAGAUAAGUGAACCACAGGGAUGCCAAGCUAGGAUUAAAAUCAGACGUCUAGCUCCAGAGCCUGCACCAUCACCGCCGCCCCAUUCAGCUCUCCAGAGGCCUCCAACAGAAGGCACCAGGGUAGCCGUGGUGGGCUCUGGGCCGCAAGGCAGGAAAAGCAGGAGUGGCGCAAGGGUCCAUAGAGAGGCUGGAGAGACAAACCAAGCAGGGGCUCAGAUCACCAACCAGGAAAGUGGCCAGGAGCCAGAGGGAGAGGACAAAAGGAGCUGCCAGCCAGGACAGUUCUCCCCGCGUUCUGAGCCCCCUGAGCCAGGCGGCAUGCUAGGGGUGUCCACAG